UUCCUUGCUGUCAUGUCUGUCUAGUACUCACUGUACUGUGUAAUUAAAUCGUAUUUGACUUUUGUGCUGCCAGUUUCGAUACACGAUCUACGCUAGCCACAAGUUCAACUUCUCGUUGGCGAGAGGUAACACUGCGUCCUACGCCGUGUAACAGUCGGAGAGCCUGGCCGUCGGUUUAGAUCUACGCGUGCUUUAUCCUCUAACCUGCAUUGCAUUUGCAACGUUGACGAAUACCUCAAGGCGAUGCCCGCGACCGCCGACGUAAUCGGACCCCGGUGCGGAAUACAUGCAAAGUAGGUGCUCGGCUGACAGCUGCCCAGGCAGGAGGAGGAGGAGGAGGAGGGAGAAGGAGAAGGGAGGGGGAAGCUUCUACCGAGCAUAGAUGUACACGUAGCAAGCCGAGACGCGAGAAUAGAGCAGCCGGCAUGCCUCUGUUCCGCCGACCAAGAUGAAUACAGAUGAUCGUGAAGAGAGAAAUCAGUUGGAGUUGGCAGCAACGGAGAGAGCUGAAAUUGUGCUCAAAUAUGACAAGGGUCGAGAAGGGCAGACGAUCGAGCCGUGGGAGGACCCGUCGUUCGAAGUCUAUCAGCUCACCGAUAGAUUCGGGUUCCUCCAUUCAAAAGAAUUGCCAGAAUAUGAUGCACAAGAAGAGAAGCAAAAGCAAAUCGAGGUGGAGAGACUCACCAAAUGGGUGAAGAUGAUGAAAAGCUGGGAUAAAUACAUUAAUAGUGAAAAACUGACGCGACGGAUCUACAAGGGCAUUCCGCACGCGUUACGAGGAGAGGUCUGGUCUCGCCUUCUCCACAUUGAGAAGGUGAAAAGUGAGCAGAAAGGCAUCUACGAAAAAAUGCGAGUUCGAGCGAGAAAGCUGUCUCCUGAUAUCAAGCAAAUAGACCUGGACGUGAACAGAACAUACAGGAACCACAUAAUGUUCAGAGAACGAUACUGUGUCAAGCAACAGGCGCUGUUUCAUGUGCUAGCUGCAUAUUCCAUGUACAACACGGAAGUUGGUUACUGCCAGGGCAUGAGCCAGAUUGCAGCCCUUCUCCUAAUGUAUCUUAAUGAAGAGGAUGCAUUCUGGGCGCUGUCGGUGCUGCUUACCGACAAGCGUCACGCGAUGCACGGCUUCUUUGUGCCCGGCUUCCCCAAACUACUGCGAUUUCAAGAGCACCACGACGUCGUCUUCAAGAAAUUUUUGUCCAAGCUUAAAAAACAGUUUGACAAGCAAGAAGUUUAUACAUCUCUAUACACCACCAAGUGGUUUUUCCAGUGCUUUUUGGAUAGGACACCAUUUACAUUAUCGUUAAGGCUUUGGGACAUAUAUGUAUUGGAAGGAGAGAAGCUGCUGGUAGCAGCUGCCUACUGCAUCCUGAAGCUUCAUCGACGUACUUUGCAAAAGAUGAUAUUUGAACAUAUUUUGGAGUUUCUCAGCAGAGAGGUAGAGAAGAACUUUGGUUCUGAUGAUGAUGAAGCCAUAGAUCAAUUGCAGGAGUGCAUGGCAGAGCUGCGACGCGCUAAGCUGCUUCUGCCGCCGCGUGCGAAGGCCAUCGAAUUCCCGCAGCGACCGUUCGGCAUCAUGAUCAAGCCGACCCUGGACCACGCGAUUGGGCGGCGCGCCGACGCCGACAUUACCGCGCUGCCGCAGAACAAUGUCGACCAGCCUUUGCCUGGCAGCGACGAUGCCCCCAUGCGGGAGGAGCGAGACGGCAGCCGCGAGCGUUCGGCGCCCCGCGGCGGCAUCGCCGAGCUGCGAACGACGGACGCGCAUCGCGACUCGCAGAACUCGUACAGCGAGCGAGACUCGCGCUACAGCACGGCGUCAAGCAACUACGCCGACGCCCCCUUGUGGCGCAACGACGACGACGCGAGGCGGAAGAAGGACGCAUCGCCGACGCGCAGCGAGUACGACAACAUGGGCGAUCGCUACCAGGACGGCUACUACAGCGCCGCUCAGUGGACAAACCACGAACCGGCAGAAGAGCGCGAUGCGCGCCCGCCGCUGGGGAAGUACAUCACACGCGUCGAGAUCAACGACUUAACUGCGACCGUAUCGGACGCCGCGUUGCCCGGCCGUCCGGCGGCGUUGGCGCAACCCGCCGCCGACGUACGGUUUCGCGAACUGACCCCGGACUUCAGCGACGCGGUACAGGAGUUCAAUAACGAAUAUCAGACACUGCAGAAGAAGGGCAGCUACUCGCCGAAUCACUCGCCGGCGUCGCCGGGCUACGGCGGCGAACGCACAGACGAACUGAUCAAGAGGACGGCAUUAUGAGUCAUUCCAGUGAUAUAGUAGUUGAAUCGUUAAAUACUGACAGAGUCGCUGAAUCGAUGUCGUGACAACGUGCGCAUUUCAUUCGCUGUUGUUUAGGUUAUCUGUUAUUCGACGCGGGCCGCUUGCUAGCAGCAGCUGAUGGAAAUCGACAUACAUGCAUUGCUUCGGUAAUGUUACCGUAUUUGUUGCUGCCCCCUGUAGGAAUAGUUACGAGGCUCUCACUAGGUUCACGUUUCAUGAGCUGCGCCAGGCUCUACUGAUUUGGUGAUUUUUGAGCUAACUGUUCAGCUUAGCUUGAGCAUGCUUAGCAAUAAUCGCUGUUGUGUAUGUUUUCCAUGCUGAUGCAGUGAUUAUGCAAACUGUACCAUGAAGUGUUUUAUUUAAUAUAACACAUUUGUAGUCGAGUUUUGUGAGGUAUUUGUGUGUUUAUGUCCUUUCACUCUGUCAGUCAGAUGAUGCUGUGCAUAGUAACUGAAUUUUACCGAAAGCAGUUUCAAAAUUCAUGAAACGUGCUUUAAAUAGUUUUUGCUAGUUAUCCUAUCACCCGAGUUAUAUACCUAUGCUUUCGCAUAACCGAACUUGUUGCCAUGUAAUUGAUAGACUAAAUUUCAAUGCUCAAUUCAAUGAACACUAGGGGAAAAUAUAGGGUGAAAAUUGUGUAAUUAAUGCUACAACCACACAUAGUAUUGGAUUUAUAGGCGUAUCAACCUUAUGCAUUGAUUACCAAGCUGUCUUCCAGAAAACAUCACAGCAGGCACAUUUUAGCAGAUUUUCAGCCACUCUGUCAGUAUUUACAUUUGUUAACUUGUUUCUAAAGAGGUCAGAGGUUUGCUUUGUACCCAUUGCAGUUAAUGUAGGUUAGCGUAAUUGUCGUGGGCUCAUUUUAAUUUUUGUAAAUUGAAUUUUGUAGAAAAUUGUGCUCUGAUUGUGUCUUGUCCUUAUGUAAUUUUGAUUGGAAAAAUGAAUUACAUAGGAGGGUAAUGUAAUAAUAUAUAAGCUAACACCGUAACAAUAAUUGAUGUAUAGUAUACGGUAAGGUUUUUAUGUGGUACUAUAUUUUUAGGAUACAUGUAGAGAUCCAUUAUGAAAUUGUAAAACCUCCUUUUCAUUGAAAAGCAAUAAUGCAAGCGUUCGUGUACAACGUAUUCUUGUAAUUUUUAUCAACUUAUGCUGACUGAUAAUGUACCAUGUGGGAUAUCCCUGCACAGGAUUGGGACCUCAUAGUCUCAUUGUUUAAAAGAACAAGUCGAUUAUAGGUAAUUUUCUAUGGCAGCCUGCACACCUGUAUAAUGGGCCAUGUGAAACACUUCUGAUUUAUAGAACAAUGUUCAUAUACAGGCAAACCUCUGCUAGCAGUCACCUCUAUAGAACAGACACAGGCCAGUCUAUGCAGAACACUUUCUGUUUCCCUUGAGCAGCAGUUAUACAGUGAAACCACCUUUAUCUAAAAGCACCUGGUUAUAAAGGACACAUUGCUUUCUUACGAGUGGCCCUUAUGUAUGUACAGUUUUGACUGUAUCCUCCUAACGUUUAAAGCAACGUGUCAGGCUCAUAAAACAGAUGCUGAUAUACCUCCAAAUAUUUAAUGAUAACCCAGUCAUUCAAGUCUUCGUCCUCAGUUCUGUCCUGUCAAGACAUCAGGAAAUUUACGUGAUGUGAUGUCCAUCCUACCACUGUCCGCAUUAUGUACUAAUUAAUCCCAAUUUUUGUCUUCUACACAAUAUAUUGAUGACAAAACUAAGAAAUUUGGUCAGUAAUAUUUUAAAAAAGUUGCUGUGGGGGAUACAUUACUCUAGUUGAAUCACUCGCAGCAAAAGUAUCUUGCGUAUUUGGCGUUUACAUUUGAGUUCAGCCGUUGCUUGUGGAAUAAACACAUUGCACUAUUUCUUCUUUACAGUGUGUUGCCUUGCAAAUAUAUGGAGGAUUUUUAAUAAGAGAAACAAAACCACUGUUUCGUGUGAUUAUGGGUUUUCCAGGAUGUUCUAUAAAAUGCACCAUGACAAGUUCGUCAUAAUAGAGGUUCUGUUAAACCUACAAAGGCAGCCAGUUAUAUAUUUAUAUUUAUGUAGACCAGUCGAUUCAGACAGUUAUAGUGGGGGAUAUUUGUAAUGUGUAAUUUAUAUUAAAGGUGUAUGUAUAUUUUUUGUUUGCAUAACAUUUACAUUAUAAAUAACAGGUAGAUAAAGAAUAAAGAGAAUCUUGCCAUACCUACAUAAUACAUGUACAGUACAAUGCACUGUAACAAUUUCCCUAAGAAUCCAUCCAACAAGAUAAUUACAACCUGCUAUAUACAUUUUUGAGUUCUAGCAUGAACAUGUGUAUAACUUAUGAUAUACAUAUGUUCAUGAUUCUAAUCUAGGGCUUGGUAAAGCUUCAUAAAAAUGCUAUCAUAUGGACAUGAAAUUAGCAGUAUAAUUAUAAAUUCCGCCACUCCGUAAAUACUGAAUUUGUAUUUUUAUGCAAGGUAGUGGUGUAUCUCUUGUAAGAAUACUUUGUGUAACCGCGUUUGUUGUUCUAAUCUUCCGUUUACACACUGUCUUCAGAAUACUCAUCUGUAAGUUUCAUAAGCCUUGUUACAAACGUCUGUCUAAUAUAUCACAGUAAGAUCCAGAUAUUAUGGUGGAAUGGUGGAACUACAGUUUUAAAACGCCUGUUACCCGCUGUGUAGUAUAAAUUAUGCUUUUCACCAGAUUUAUAUAUACAUUUUCAGUUGUCUGGUAUGCAUCGCCAUUAGUUUUAGGUGAAUGCAUGGGUUUCCAGAUAAUGAAAAUGCAUGAAGAUGAGAACGAAAAUGACAAAAACAUAUUAGGUCACUUUGUACUGUAUGCAUGCCAAGAGUAUUUUUAUAUGUAGCGUGACAACCAAAAUAAAGAACAAGAAUGUGGUUUAUUAAUUCUAACAUAAA